UCAGUAUUCACAAGCCGUACAAUGUGAUGAAAUAUGCGCCAUUUAGCGGAUUAAACAGGAUAACCACCGAAAUACCUGCAACAAAAUCUACAACAAGCAGCACUUUGGAAGAAUGGGAAAAUACAACGAAAGCAAAUCAAAUAGUGGAAGAGACUAGUGCAACAACGAUGGAAUCCACAACUGGAAUAUGGGAAAGUACCACAGAGUUGCCAGAAAUGUCCACUUUGUUGCUGUCGAUCAUUGCCGGCACUUCUGGUUUCGAAACUACGACCUCAAAUUACGGCACAAAUUUCAUCGAAAGCACCGAAAAUAAUGAAAUCAUUUCGACAAGCGAAGAAUCGUUCACAACAACUGAAUCGAUGGAUUCUGUAAUCGAUUUCUGCGAAACUGCAACAACAUCCACAGAUGGAACUACCGUUAGCCUUCCAGCUGAAACUACAACAACAUUUUCAACAAUGCAGGAAACAACCACAGAAUUUGGAGAUACAACAACCCUAUUACCAAUAUAUUCCACACAAUUGAUGACUACGACGACAUUCCAGCCAGAAACUACAACAGAAUUGCCCGAGACGACAACACUAUUGCCCGUGUCUACAACAGAGUUGACACCUGCGGCAAAUGAGACGACCACAGCUGAAAUACUAUUUAUGGGGACGAGUACGCCCAGUUUGAAUGAAAGUGGAGAGGAGACCACAACUGAAACACAAUUUUUGGAGACGAGUACGCCCAGCUUGAAUGAAAGUGGAGAGACCACAACUGAAACACAAUUUUUGGAGACGAGUACGCCCAGUUUAAAUGAAAAAGGAGAGGAGACCACAACCGAAACGUUUACAACAACAACAACCGGUAGGACUGCAAAUCUUAUAGAUGACAUCAUAAGACCUCAGCCGAAAAGGUACACAUAUUCUUCAGAUAUAAUGCCCGAAACUGAUUGGGACUAA